AUGCCUGGCCUGUUAGUCGACAAUAUGGAAUUGCCGGUGCAGGCUGCCCCAGCAGAUCCAAAGAUCCCGGAAUAUGGCUUCGCAGUGUCGCAUGAGAAGGUCGAUCUGGACAUUGACUUUGCUACUCAGAGCUUGACUGGGCGCGUCGAGAUGACGAUCUUGCCACAAACUAGGGACCUUCGGACAAUAAGAAUCGAUGCGCGCCAGUGCUCGAUAGCGAGAGGUUCGGUGCUGGUUAACGGUUUCGUGGCGGACUUUGAGUACGAGGACCCAUUGAAGGCACUGGAAAUCCCCUCCUACUUGGUAUGGGGCGCGGAACAGUAUGAGCAGCAGCGAGACAGGCUGAAGGAUGUAAUCGGAGAUCAGAGAGCGAAUGGAAACCUGGUCAUUACGAUCCCGAGAGCUGUUCGAGUAGAGGAUAUCGAUCCCUUCUCUGAAAAUGCUGCUACGAGAGCCCUGGUCAAUGGCAACGGCCCCAUUUCUGCUACACCAACCCCCAAGACAGCUACGGAGCAAACUGGUCGCUUCCAGCCUUUGGAGGUUACAAUCCAGUUUUCAACGAAGUACUUCCGGGAUGGAUUGCACUUUGUGGGCCUGAAUGAGAGCGAUGCUCGAUUUCCAUAUGUCUACACUAGGCAUUCUACGGAGCCGGGAACUGCGUCUUCUAUAUUUCCUUGCAUUGAUGAUCCUGCUAUGAGAUGCACAUGGGACAUCACCAUCAAGUGUUCACGUAUGCUGGGAGAUGCUCUCAAGCGAAAGCCAAGGGAGAGAACGGGACGUUUUAUCAAUGCCCGCCUUAAUGGAGUCAAAUAUGUUGCCGCUACCAAUAACGCCAAAGCGGUCGACGAAUUCGAAAUUACACUUAGCGAGGACGAAAAACUCUUGGAGAUGGUAGUCAUCUGUUCUGGCGAGAUGAUGAAUGAGACAGUCGAUCGUGAAGAUAGCUCUAAGAAAGUCAUCUCCUUCCAAUGCGGAACCGUUGUCGCCCCGCAUCACAUCGGAUUCAGCAUUGGUCCUUUCGAGCAAGUUGAUUUAGCCGCUGAGUUUCGUGAAGACGAAGACGGCGAGAAGUUGGGACAGGAACAAGCAUUAGCAAUCUCUGGCUACUGUUUACCCGGACGCUCCAACGAGGUUCGAAAUACUUGCGCCCCUGUGGUUCAAGCUCUCGAUUGGUUCUCUCUGCAGUACGGGGCUUUUCCCUUCUCACAGUAUUCUUUGGUAUUUGUCGAUGAUCAACCCCGAGACACAGAGCACGUCGCUUCUAUUUCCUUGUGCAGUGCCAGACUUUUGGUUAGCGAAGAAUUCAUUGAUCCCGAGGUUGAGAGCGUUAGAGCAAUUAUUCAAGCCCUUGCUACUCAGUGGUUCGGUGUCGGUAUCGUGCCGGCUGAUAAAUGCGAUAGCUGGAUCACCGUUGGCCUUUCGCACUUCAUGGCUGGAUUGUUCAUGAAGAUGCUGUGUGGGAAGAACGAUUAUUUAUUCCGCCAAAAGAUCCUCUCGGAUCGCCUGGUAGAGCUGGAUCUUGAUAGGCCCUCUUUAUACACCCUUGGCGAGACUCUUCAUCUCGGUGAUUUUGAAUACGAAUUUAUGGCAUUGAAGGCCCCUCUGGUACUGUUUAUACUCGAUCAACGUAUCUUGAAAGCAUCUGGGGGUGGCACAGCUGGUCUGACUCGAGUCAUCUCCAAGCUUGUUAUUGGGGCCAACACUGGGGGAGCUGUGGAUAGUGUCCUGGAAACACAAUCUUUCCGCAGAGCCGUCGAUAAGAUCACAAAGUACAGAGGCUUAGAGGCUUUCUGGAAUCAGUGGGUCCUCGGCGCUGGCUGCCCCAGAUUUACAAUUACACAGAAAUUCAACAAGAAGCGAGCCUUUGUGGAAAUGACAAUUACCCAAAAGCAGGAUACACUGCCUACCCAGCGCAAGUUGAAGAAAGACAGCUUUAUGAGAGAGCUAAAGGAGGAGAUUCAUGGGAUUUACGCGGCUGAGGUCCAGUCACUCUUCACAGGUCCCAUGACUAUUCGAAUUCACGAGGCAGAUGGCACGCCUUAUGAACAUAUCGUGGAGAUUCUUGAGGGUACAGCAAAGAUUGAGAUCCCAUACAACACAAAGUACAAGCGUCUCAAGCGUAACCGUCAUCAAAAGGAGCGAAUGAACGCCAAAGCCGAUUUUCAAGGUGGGAACGAUGCCCUGUACUACUGUCUAGGAGACGUGCUGCAAACCCCUCAGGAAGUGUUGGAAUGGGGCUUAUUUGAUUGGGAUGAGGAUCUCCAAAAAGAUAUGGAUGCGGAGCAUUACGAGUGGAUUCGAGUCGACGCAGAUUUUGAAUGGCUCUGCGAAAAGAAUAUCAAUCUGCCGGCAUACAUGUAUGUGUCUCAGCUCCAGCAAGACCAGAGUGUCGUCGCACAGCAAGACUCGCUGCUUUUUCUGAAGAACCAUCCUUCACAUUCUCUCGUUGCGACAUUUUUAAUCAGAACCUUAAUGGAUACACGAUACUACCACGGUAUCCGAGUACUAGCUGCGGAAUUAUUGAAAAAUCACGGAGGCCCUGAUAAUUGGAUUGGGAUGAAGCACCUUCAGAAGGCAUAUGAGGAGUUUUCAUGCUACCCUGGCACCAAGAUGCCUCGAUACAACGACUUUGAAGACAAGCAAUCGUACUGGGUUGAGUGUGCUAUCCCUAGAGCCUUGUCACAAGUUCGAGGACCUAAUGGGAAGUGUCCGAAGGAAGCCAGACAGUCUAUUCUGGACAUGCUUCGCUUCAACGAUAAUGCGCAGAACGAUUUUUCUGAUUACCACAAGAUUGCCAACUUGUUGUCUUGUCUUGCCGACUCAUUGAUUCCUCCACAGAAUUCUGAUGCCCAAAACGAACUGAACUUUGGAGACGAUGAAGAUGAAGAUGACGAGGCUACCCAAUUCAAAAAACAGGUGCUCGAGGAGUUGGAGCGUCAUCGCCGAAUGGAUGAAUGGUUACAAUCUUACCACAAUAUCCUUACCACCACCGUCUUGGAUUGCAAGCGAAAGCUCAUGAAGGCUAAGGUCAUUCCUGUGGCGCCAUUGGACUUUGCACAAUAUCUCCAUGACGGCUCGCUAGACUUGGUGCGAAUCAAAGCCUUUGAAGCUCUAGUUGACCUUGGCUUCCUCGCCAACAAUUCGGUUGCCAGUUUACUCCUGAACGCCUCCAGCACAGACUUAUCGCCGUACGUGCGCGAUCAUCUCUGGGAGGUAUUUAAUCUUGGUUUGGCUACCAUUGCCUUUGGAGAGGACAAGCCCGUGAAACCUGCCCCGCCUGUAGCCGAUGGAGACGGAGGUAUGCAUAUCGACGGUGAACCCGACAUGCUUAUUGUCCAAGACGCGUCGACGGAUUUACGAAAAGCUCAUAUUGCACGUACUACAAGCAUUGAAGGAGCAUUGGCUGCUCUCAAAGAGGAGUUGAAUGAUAAUGAAUCUCUUCAGAAGGCUUUGUGGAAGGCUGUUACUUCUACGGUAAUUGGUGUGUCUGAGCAGCGAGACUUACUUGAUAUUUGCGGUGUCCUUUACGAUGCUGUGGAGUCCAUGAUUGUGAAGCUGAGAAUGCCGCAUUAUUGGGAGGGCAAAUUGGUUUUUAAGGAAAUCCAAAAGAUCCGAACGAAGCCUAGAAUCAUCCUCAAUGUUAAGGGACCUAAGCCCGUGGUACUGGGAGCACCAGCAGCACAACCACCACUUAAACUGAGCUUCACAGCCAGCGGAGCUAGACCUUCUAAUGUUGCUGUUGUUCCAAUCAUGCCACCGCCGCCACCACCCAAACGUCCGGCCCCAGAGAGAACGCCAAAUUCAGACCCCCCAGCCAAAAAGAUCAAGUCUGGACCCGCCGAAGGCACAGCAAAGCUGAAGAAGAUCGUCAAACUUAAGGUCUCUCCUCAGCGACUUGGUGCCAUUCUAAGAAAACCCCCAUUUCCGAAACUUUGUUCCGCUGCACAAAGUUCUCCAGCACCCAGACCCUCACCCGCACCCAGUCCCGCGCCGUCAUCCACCAUAUCCGUUUCACCUGCAACAUCCACUUCGGCAGGCAAAGCGCCUGCCAAAGUCCGUCAUCCUCUUCCAGACUCGACUGCUUCUAGUCGCAAACCUCUCCCUGCGUCAGCCAGUGGUGGUCGAAAACCUCUUCCCGAUACAGCCUCAGCUUCUGGUGGUCGCAAGCCCCUACCCGACUCUUUACCGAAAGCCAGCAGCACUCCUCCACCUCUGGCACGGGCACCAAGCGCGCCCCUCAAACUGAAGCUCAACUUUAAGAAGCACUCGGCCCCACCCUCAUAA